UUACUAAAAUUUUCACUUCUCCAGCUCCCAGCCAGUCAGCCACCGUCCUCCUCUUCUCCCCGGCGGUCCGUCGCCUCCAGCCGCUCACUGUUCUUACGCCCUCUAAUCUCUCUGCUUUCAUCCCUUCACAUUCACAGCUUCUUCAUCCAAACAACAGAAGACUCUCAAUCUUUUCAAAACCCAACUCCAAGCUCUCUCUCCUUCCCAACACUCUUCAUCCCCUUCAGCACUUUCCAAGUGGAGACAUCAGUCAAAAAAUGGCUUCAUUGAAUAAGAAGGUUAGUCCUAGUAAUGUUAAUUUACCUAAUGAUCUUGUACUAAACAUUCUGUCAAGAUUGCCUGUGAAAUCUUUGAAGCGAUUUAGUUGCGUGCAAAAAUCUUGGGCAAAUUUACUUGAGGAUCCUCAUUUCGUCGACAUGUACUAUGAGAAUUUAACUUCUAAAACCCGUGAUUCAUGUCUCCUCCUGAAUCAACAUGUACCAAAUACUGUUGAAAGUUAUUUGUUUUUACUUUUUGGAGAGAGGUAUGAGAACAGAGUCAAAUUUGAUUGGCCAUCUCCAUUUCAUGAGGAUAACGAAAGCGUUAUAGUUGUUGGCUCUUGUGUUAAUGGUACAAUUUGUCUCCAGCAAGUCUCUAUGAUAGACACAACCACCAGCAUCAAAGUAUUGUUAUGGACCCCGAAAACUAAGGAAUUUAAGGUUGUUCCACCUUCUCUUACUGCUGAGCCUGAACUACAGUUUCAGAUAACAAUCACUGGUUUUGGUUAUGAUCAUGUGACAGAUGACUAUAAGCUAAUUCAAAAUGUGCUUGUUCAUGCCUUAAAUAAUGAUUAUGCAGAAGUAAAUCCACCUCUUCCUGGUCAAUUUUGGCAAAUUUAUAGUGUAAAAAGUAAUUGUUGGAGGAACCUUGAUCUUGAAAUGACAUGUGAUGUGUUUCCACAACCAGUCGGUCUAGCUGUGUACUUGAACGGAGUAUGCCAUUGGUUGGCCUGUGAAGAUCAUAAUCAAGAGCCAUAUGACACAGAUGUGUUACUUGUGUCAUUUGACAUGAGCAGUGAGAUGUUUGUUACUACACCGAUCAGUCGAUAUAACCAUCAUGAUUUUUGUGAUAGAUAUUUGGUGGUGCUCAAAGAAUCUGUUGCUGUAAUUUCAAUGUUUGAAAAUAAUAAUUGCUUCGACGUAUCAAUUUUGGGUGAAGCUGGUGUUGAGGAAUCAUGGGUCAAACUUUUCACCGUUGGCCUGCCAACCUGUGUUGAUCAUCCUAUUGGUGCUGGGAAGAAUGGUGACAUAUUCUUCAGAAAAUAUGAUGGUGAGUUGGUUUGGUAUGAUUUUAGUAGCAAGACGAUUAAGGAAAUUGGUAUCAAGGGAGAGUUUUGUUACAGUCAAACUGUAAUGUUGUGAUCUUAUUUUCUUAAGACUAUUUUGGGAGACUUAUGACUAUUGUUAUUAUGAUCUGUCUAUAAAACUAAAGAUCUGUUUAGUCCUUUGUUCUUACAUUCACUCUUGCCACAUACCCUAACCCUAUUGUGUUUUUCCAGGUAACAAAAUAUGAGAGGUAUAUGAACAAGGGUAUUUUUGUAAGAUGCUUAUUGUUAAGCAUAGAAUGUAUGAAGUAAAUGAAUACAUU